UUGGCAAAUCCGAAACUCAUAAAGGACGAACAGCACAAUGCGUUCGCCGGCCUGCUCAGCUUCGACGAAUCACUGCUGUAUUCUUCCGGCCAUUUCUCAUCUCGAAACGAGUUGAUUUCGUGCAUUGUUGCGAUGCUUCACGGUGUAGAAGUUUUAACUUAUUUGCCCAUUAUGUAUUUAUAUAAAGAUGACUUCCACAUUUCUCCAGCACUUCUCACAUUUAUUCUUGGUUUAAUAAGACUGCCAUUGAAUGUAAAAUUAUUGUUCGCUUUCACGAGCGAUUCGGUGCCCAUAUUCGGUAGCAGGAGGAAAAGUUACCUUGCUAUCGGCUCUUUUAUUUGUUUCGCGUCCAUGUUCACACUCGGUCUUCUCGAUGAAGACUACUCUAUCGUAUUAACUACUGGAUUGUUCGCACUCUGUUCACUCGGAUCAGCGCUUUGUAGCGUUAUCGGUGAGGCGCUUGUGAUCGAGUGCGCGUAUAAACAGAGCAACGAACAAGUCACGAAGACUAUUUCCACCUUUUACACGUUCAGAAAGUUGACAUUUGCAGCAAUGUCAUACCUGUCAAGUGUACUUAUAAUGAUUAUUAAAAAAAGGCAAAUAUUCAUGAUCGCUUCAAGUUUGCCGUUCUGCGUGUUCUUUACGGCCUUUUUCAUCCAGGAAAAGCCGUUCGGGUACUACCUGACGAUAAGGGAGCAAUAUCACAGAUUAGUGAAUUUCGCGUGUAAACCAGAAAUUAAGAAGCCUUCCAUUUUCCUUUUCAUCACAAUGAUGAUUCCGAGCGCGGGGACCGCAAUGUUCUACUUCAUGACUGAGAGACUCCACUUCCAGCCGGAGCUGUUCGGUAGAUUCGCAGCCUUCCAGGCCAUAGCGAGUCUCUUCGGCAUCUACUGCUACCUGGCCUUCUUCAAGAACAUGAACAUAAGGAAGCUGUUCGUGUGGACGACGAUCCUGGUGGCGACGUUUUGCUGCUUCAGCGUUGUGCUCGUUAAGAGGUGGAACCUGGUACUGGGCAUACCUGACAAGGCCUUCGCGAUCACCGACACGUCCCUGAUCCAGUUCAUUGGGGAGAUGAACUCGUUCCCGAUCUACGUGAUGGCGACUAGGCUCUGCCCAAGGGGAAUUGAGAGCAGUAUGUACUCGUUCCUCUGGACGGUGCAGUUCCUGGGAAUGGACAUCGGCACGUACAUAUCCUCCCUGAUGACUCACCUCUUCAAGAUCAACAACCACAACUUCCAGGGGCUGGUACCCAUGAUACUGGUGUGCGCGGCUGCGCAGCUGAUUCCGAACAUGUUCGUAGGAAUGCUGCCGGACCAACUACCCACUGUGCAGAUAGAGGACGAAGUCGGAGCCGGUGCGGGUAAGAAUGAUCCAUAUGAAUUUUAG